AUGUCCGCUCCGAGCAACCCAGCGGAUGCAUCCGCAAGCUCGAACAACGUAUCCUUGCCCGGUACCACGCGAGCGACGGACGAGUUUACAGAGACGGUGGCGUGGGGCGCAACGACCGAAGUGUCUGCAGAGGAGAUUGUAGAGAAGAGCAGACUGGUGCGCGAGAUUCAGAAUCAGCAGAGCAGUCUGAAGGGUGAGUGGUGUGAGCGAGCAAAGGGGGGUAACACGUGGCGUCCACAUGCGGGCUAUAUUCUCCCACAUGCACUGACAGCAAUCGCGUCGGUACUGCUUCUUCCUGUGCUUUGCCCUGCGCACAGCCCUGCUGGCGCGAGUGUCGGCUGUCAAGGCGGACUGCACCAAAGCGGAAGCGGACAACGAGAUGCUGCAAACGUACAUCGAUAGCGUCACAAAGAGUCUGGCUGCUAGGAGUUGA